AUGUCGGUACGCAAUACUGGCCGCGGCUCUCAACGUCGCUCUCCGCGGCUUCUCGAGAGGUCCCAGACGCCCGAGGUUCGCAAUCUCAUCCGGGCCUUGACUCCAACCUACAGUGCACGCUCGUCCGACCUCAUCGAGCAACUGACACCUUCCGCAGCCGCUUCCCGCUUUCAGCGGCCGUUGAUCGGCGCUAACGCAUCCAGCCACAUCAGCGUCAAGCAAGAAGAUACCAGCACUAGCUACUACGUACGUGAGCCUUCCAACCAACCUCGAUUGACCAGUCCGCCUUCGUACCAGCCAGCCUUGCUGCGCGGCGACCAACGUAGCUUCAACGACCCCCGCGAAGCCAAUGCUUCGCUGAGCGCUUCCAUGUCGAUCUUUUCCAGCGAAGGCGACCCCGCCGACAACUACCAACAAGAGGAAAGCGAAGUUGCGCGUAUGCAGAACGAGCAACAACAGAGGCCCACCUCUCGAACCACUGUCACUCGUAGAGUGCCUGGCCAGCGCAAACCUCGUACUUCGGCAGACGAUCUAGCGUACAGGCCUGCAAGUGACGAGGAUGUCGACGACGACGACGAUGGCGGAUCGCCAACCCGAAGAACCCGAAGAGGCAGAAACUCGAACUCGUUUGGAGCGAUAGAACAGGGACGAAUCGACAAUAUUCGCUGGAGGAACACCACAGCCAAAAUGAAGAAGAAGGCUCGUCGAAAGACGGUCAAUGGCGUUCCCGUGGAUGCAGACGAGGACGACAGCAGAGAGCUCAAUGGAGAAGAAGAUGCAGGAGCAGCCAGUGGCAAAGAAACGCGCUUCGAUGGAGCUUCUGACGCGGAGAAUGACCAAGAUGACAAUGACGACGGAGCGUGGAAUAGUCUUGACACUGAUGGAAUUGACAAGCCACCAGCGCCAGCUAAACAACACGCUGCGGGCCCCUUGUUCGGGCGGCUUUUUAUCGGGGUGAAGUCGUACAUUGGACGCUUGCUCGCCGUUGUUCUGACCUUAUUGCUCAAGCUGCCCCGAUUCUUCUGGCGCAAGUAUUGGUCAUUUGGUUCCGGAGCGCGUUUGAUACUCGCGGCGCUCCUCUUUGCGGCUGCCGCGCACUUGUUUGCUCCAUCGCUCGGCAUUUUGGACAGGCUCUCGUCACACGUCGGUCUGCUCUCCAAUGACGGCGUUUCUGGUAGCAGCGGUGGUCGCUCGCUUGCUCUCUCGCUGGAUCGAGAGAAUCAGCGACUUCGGGGCGAGAUCAACCGUCUCAGUUCGCGCUUGGACAUGCUUUCUUCCUCAAUUGACGCACAGAUCUCGGCUUCGCUUUCCUCGGCUGCAGCCAAAAUCCAAGCUGAUGCCGACACGCGUCAAUCGACAGAGAUCAAACGUCUCUCAGCAUCGACCAAGCGUACUGUGUCGCGGCUUGCGCAAGACCAACUGAAAUCGAUUCAGGAUUCCGUGUCCGCAUCGGUGGAGCUGAUGCUUCGCGAUUUGGAUCAGAAGAUUAACUCGCAAUUGAAACAACGCGCGGAUGAUACCGAAGGCAAAUUCUUGCAUAAGCUCGAAGGCGAGGUGGCACGAAUUGCAAAGUAUGCCAACGAACAAGUCAACGCUCGAUUGGGACAGGCGUUUGAUCAGACUUUUGUGAGCACACUCGUCGAUGAGAAACUGGAAAGGUACUCGAGGGAUCGAACGGACGAGAUGGAUUGGGCAUCGGUGACGAGUGGUGCGUGGAUUUCCGAGCAAGGAACCGUGCAUAGGGGGUAUAGGAUCAAUAGUGUUUGGAACUUGGGCCAGUUUUUGGCACAGGGUAGGAAGGUGGCGAUAGGUGAUCCGGUGAAAGCUAUCACGCCGGGUGCUGGGUUGGGGGUGGAUAACUGUUGGAUGACCGGGUGGAAUUCGUUUUUGCAGGUGCAGUUGGUCGAGACUAAGGUGGUGGAGGGAUUGGCGGUGGAGCAUGCGUUGCCGGGGAUGGUAAGGUCCGCACCGAGGCGCAUUCUUGUUUGGGGCAUUGUCGAUGAGUCGGACCAGCACAUUUAUCUGCAGUACCGACGAUCUCAAGCCCAAAGUCAGGAUGAAUACCUCACAUCGCUUCUACCACCAGCAUACCUCGAUGCGAUACCGCACGAAUAUACGGCUGAAGGUAGCGCGCCACUCCUUCUCUCGAUUGCCGAGUCCCACCCAACGCAUCACACUGCACACUUGAC